GCAGAAGCCGGGAAGACAGACUAUUCUCUGAACCACAACCCUCCCCCUGCAAAGCUCCGUCUUUCUCUCAAGCUGCCUAGCAACAAGGAGGGGGGUAAAUCCUCUUUACUAUGUAAUUCAACUGGACUACUAUGUUCUAACGGUUCUUUCUUCAAACACUGUUGAGGAUCUCCAACACGGCAUGGAUACAGACGGUUGAGCACUGCAUUAGUGGAUACAAGCAUUAAGGACGCAUUCAAUGCAGGACGCGGUGCCUGGAGACAAUCCGGGUAUGCAGAGAACUGGUCUGCCGGUCCUUUUUGGGAGACAUAGUUCUAUACAAACACGCACAUGAAUGGAACUGGCAAUAGGGCGAGCUUUGUGUGGAUGGACAGUAGGCAGAAGCAAACGCUGAGGGGAGAUUUUUUUGAAGACAGUGCGCAUGUUCAAUAGCAAUUUUUGGGCCAAGUGAUGACGUGCCAGAAGUAUUCUCGAAAGGUGUAUUCUUACCACCAUGAAUGUACCCAGUAGAAAAAAGCUCUUCCUUCAAGGAAUCGUACAAUGUACAAUAGUAACCAUGAAGGCGCUCACCAAAGAAUAGCAUUUGCCAAUUAAGUGGGCGGAUUGAGCAAACCAAAAAUCUGUGCAGAGUCCGUGCACUGUAUCUGGAUUGGAACAGUAUGCUUCAGUGGAGGAGACGUCAUUGCUACCUCUCCAAAAUGACCUGGAACAGCAAGAGAUCCCUGUUUCGCACCCACCUGACAGGGCUUUUAUCGCUUGUGUUUCUCUUUGCAAUGUUUAUGUUUUUUAACCACCACAACUCACUCACUGGAAGAAUUGGGCUGAAAGAAAAUCCAGUUACUCACACCAUAAAAGGUUUUAGGUCAACAAAGAGUGAAACGAACAGCUCACUGAGAAACAUCUGGAAAGAUUCUGCCCCACAAACACUGAAGCCUCAUACUGCAUCCAACUCAAGCAACACGGAGUUGUUACAGCAAGGGGUAACUGGCUUAGAAAAUACCCUAAGCACCAAUGGAAGUAUUUACAGUGAAAAAGAGUUUGGACACCAAAACAUGUACCACUACAAGUAUGUAAUUAAUGAACCAGAGAAAUGCCAGGAGAAAAGGCCUUUCUUAAUUUUGCUCAUAGCUGCAGAACCACGACAAAUUGAAGCUCGACAGGCUAUAAGGCAAACGUGGGGAAAUGAGAGCCUUGCACCAGGAAUUCAAAUUAUCAGACUUUUCUUGUUGGGUUUACACGCCAAGCUAAAUGGAUUAAUUCAACAGGCAAUUCUAGAUGAAAGCCGGCAACACCAUGACAUCAUCCAACAGGAAUAUUUAGACACCUACUAUAAUUUGACCAUUAAAACACUUAUGGGCAUGAACUGGGUUGCAACAUAUUGCCCACAUGUCCCAUACGUCAUGAAGACAGACAGUGAUAUGUUUGUCAACACUGAAUAUUUAAUAAACAAACUACUGAAACCAGAUCAACCACCAAGAACCAACUAUUUUACAGGGUAUUUAAUGAGAGGUUAUGCACCCAAUAGGAAUAAAGACAGUAAGUGGUACAUGCCGCCAGAUUUGUAUCCAAGUGAGAGAUAUCCUGUGUUUUGUUCUGGGACUGGUUAUGUCUUCUCUGGUGACCUGGCAGAGAAAAUAUUUAAAGUCUCUCUAAGUAUUAGAAGGUUGCACCUUGAGGAUGUAUAUGUUGGGAUUUGUCUUGCAAAGUUACGUAUUGACCCUGUGCCACCACCCAAUGAGUUUGUCUUCAAUCACUGGAGAGUUUCCUAUUCUAGCUGUAAAUAUAGUCACUUGAUUACCUCCCAUCAGUUCCAACCUGGUGAAUUAAUCAAGUACUGGAAUCACUUACAACAUAAUAAGCACAAUGCUUGUGCCAACGCGGCCAAGGAAAAAGCCAGUAGGUAUCGGCAUCGUAAAUUGCACUUAACAGAGGACAAAAAUUAAAAUUUGAGUAAUUCAUAUGUAAUUUUAAAGGAAAGCAUGUGCAAUGGAAUGACGUGUCGGACAGUCUUAAGGCUUUUCACACACACACAAAAAAGGAGGUGAAAAAUUAUUUUUUUAUUUUAAAAGAAACAUAGAACUAUAUAGAAAAUAAUUUUACCAGAAAAGAGGUUUAAACUUAAAUUGCAUAAAAAUGUUGUGUGUUUAAUCUGUGCAACAAGAAGCAUGCACACAUUGGUGGUACACCUGCUAAUUUCUGUGCCAAUAAAAUACAACUGGUGACAUUUUUCACACAAGUUAAAAUGUAGCUGUUAUUUCUCUGAUGAGUUUGGUUACGUUUGGCCUAGUCAAAAUUAAACUUUCAUGAUUCAGAUAGGGCAUGUCAUUUUAAACAACUUUCCAAUUCA